GGAGCAAGUUGGAUAGACUUAUGCUGUGCCAACUCUCCACAAUGCAGCCAGACAGUCACUUGUGACGUGCUACAUUUUUUGAAAUGGGACGUGCUUAAGCUACUUAAGUAGCUAAUUAAUGAAUAUAAGAUGUUCAGACCCCAUACCAUUGUUGUCAAUUAAUCAAACAAUUCAUUUCACACUCUCAAUUGAUCCAAUCACACUUCAAAUUUCCCAAAAAAUUCAACAAACAAUUCCUCAAAAUGGAUAACGCAGCAACCGCCGUUAAUAAGCUCUUUGGCAGAACCACUGCCAGCCCUACACCAGAGGUUGACAGGGCCACCAGAGAUUCCACUCCAAGAACUACGAACGUGGAUGAUGUCGACGUAAAAGCAGAUGUUGCUGAUACAACUGUCGAGGGAGAAAUCAAGCCAGCAGUCGAGCACACACAUGUCAAGAAGCAACACGAGACUCGGGAGCAAACCUUUGUCGAGAAAGAGAAACACCAAGAUCACUACCACACCACCAUUCAGCCCUUGAAAGACUCUGAGAUCAUUCCUGAGAAACAUGAUCACGUUCAGGAAACGAAGCACAAGAGUAUCAACAAAGACGACAACAAAGCGGCGGCCAAGGCAAAGGCUGAUCAAGCUGGAUUUGAGAGCACGCACGAUGAGAAGAAGUUUGAGUCCAAGACCAAAGAGCCGACGCUACAGGAUGAGCACGUCCACCAUCACUUGCACGAGACUAUUCAGCCAGUAAUUGAGAAGGGUAAGUCAAUUUCUUUAAUCUAACUCUGAAGGCUUUGCUAAUUCAUGAACAGAGGUUAUCGUCCCAUCAGUAACUCACAAGCGAGUCGUUGUCAAGGAGAAGAUUCAAGAGCCAGCAGAACACCAUGGUGUCACCACGAACUCCACCAUGUCCGUGGAAGACUUCAAGAACAAGGUGGAUGGGGACAAGAAGGCGACGCUUGUUAGUGGAAAAACUGCAUAAAGUUCUAUAUGAGUAGUUAAUAAUAAUGUAAUUGUAGUCACAAUCUCAAUCUCGUUCGCAUUCCGAUAGAGCGCAAUCCACUGAAGCUCUUCCUAAGUGCAAGAAGAGGAAGGUUGAAGUGACAGAUGAACAAUUACAAUUGGACUGUGCUGUUGAUACUGUUAAUGAACUUGAAAAUUAAAUGAUGGCUGGUCUGUGUUGUGCGUAAUAGUGCGUAAUAGUGCGUAAAAUAAAAGUUUUAUGUUGAGGCAGAAAACAUUGGAAGGGGCGGCGUUUAGUGAGUUGUUAUCUUAUCGAAAUCUUCAAUUAUGGAUAUGAAUACAUGAAUAC